GUUCAAUUGUUGGUCGAUAUUUCGAAAAUUUUCUAUACCUCUUUAUGCAAGUGGAGAGAAAGAAAGUUCGAUCAUAAAGUUUUAAUUCGCUUCUUACUUUCUCUUCUAAACUUUAAUGGACUAGAUAAUGUACAGUACCCUCUCCAACCAUAUACUUUAUUUAUUAAGUAUUUAGUAAAAAUUUUUACAUUUAAAAUGACAAAAGUACAUUACACGUGGCUACUCAAACACAAAACAGCUAUUAUGCACUCAUUUUUCGUGAAUUCGUGUUACGUAUAUUUAUAUUAAUUAGAAAGUGCCUAUGGCAUUCUAAUUAUUAGAUUUGAACUAAAAAUAUUUUCUUUUAAGUAAAAAUAAAAAAGAAAAAAUUUUGUACUUGAUUUCUUUUCUUUAAGGCUCAUCCAUCCAAUUAUAGUGGAAAACGAAUAUAAAAAACGGAAAUUUAUAAAGGGUAGCGGGUGGGAAGGUGGAGUAGAUAUACCUUUUCGUGGAAAUAUAUUAUUCAACCUUGAUAUUUGUACAUCCGCUAAAUAUAAUUUAUUGUUUACGUACAUACCUAUUCAAAAAAAAUUUUCUUUAUGAAUACUACAGAAAAGGUUGCCAUUAAAAUCCUGGAUAAAACAAAGCUUGAUCAAAAAACUCAACGCCUUCUCUCACGUGAAAUAUCGUCAAUGGAACGCCUGCAUCAUCCAAAUGUCAUAAGAUUAUACGAGGUUAUAGAAACUUUGGCGAAAAUGUAUAUAGUUAUGGAAUACGCUGGUGGUGGUGAACUAUUUACUAAGAUAACCAACGAAGGAAAGUUAUUAGAAAAGGAUGCCAGACAUCUAUAUGCCCAAGUAGUCUCUGCUGUUCAGCAUAUGCAUCGAAAUAACGUGAUACACCGUGACUUAAAAGCAGAAAAUGUCUUUUUCGCUGCUCCGAAAACUGUAAAGGUUGGAGAUUUUGGAUUUAGUACAUUCUCAACAACAGAUCAAACCUUGAAUACAUUUUGUGGUUCUCCCCCGUAA